CAUGGACGCAAAACAGAAAGAAAGAAAAAAAAGUGAUAGUCUUUGCCUUUGUGUUGUCAGUAAAUUUUAAAAGAUUCCAAUCUAAAGAUGUUAUAUUACCAUGGAUACUUCUUUAAAAUCUUCCGAGACAUUGAGGCUUGUUUAAAGGUCUUCAAAGAUUCCUGAAUUUGAAAGGAACAUACUUUGUUGUUGCGAAUGUUUUUGGCAGACGACAUCAAGAAGAGCUUCCAAAGUAUUGGAAACAAAAAUAAACAAGACUCGCGUUUCUGAUCACACGUUGACGUUAAAUAUUCGGAACUCAAAGUUUUCACGUGCAGUACAGAAAUGUUACGGUCGAUGACGUAACUAUAAACAUUAUUUAGCUUUAUCAGCAGUUAAAACUGAAUAAAUCGAGCUAAAGCAACAACCGUAACAAAGUGUUUUGUUUACACAAUAAACUUGUCACGUGAUAUUAUGACUAACCAAUGGAAUCGCUUGGAUCAGACUUAUGAGUAGACAAAAUUCUUUAUCAGCAUAUUAUCCAAAAAUGCAGCGAUGAUUGUAAGAAGCACGAAAUAUAUCGGUAUCUUCAAAAAUGACGUUCAAUUUUUAUCUUAACAUGUCACCAAAUUUAAAACGAACUAAGGUUUUCUUCCUUACUAUCGCAAUAUUUUAUUUUCAAUUAAUUUUAAUAUCACACAAUUGGAAUAUAUCAGAAAAUAUUUACAAAAUAUCAAGUGAAAUAUCAAAAGUUAGAAUUUCCGAAAAACAUUUACAUUUACAUUAUAUUGCUAAUUCUGGUGCAACAAGUCGCCCGGAUGUAUGUACGGGAUGUUUUGAAAAGAAUUUUAGAAAGAUAAUAAACGAGCCUUCAUUAUGUGACGGUGAUGUCGAACUUUUAUUCAUGAUUGCUUCGACAUUUUCAAGGAAGGAUUCUAGAAACGCUAUAAGAAACACUUGGGGUGGACAAUGCAAUAAACCGGAUUCAAAAAUGAAAGUGGUAUUUGUGUUUGGAAAUAGAAACGAUUCCGUUGAAAACGCUCAUCUUCUCAACGAGAGUAAGAAGUACAGUGAUAUAAUUCAAUUUGAUUUUAACGACACAUAUGCAAAUUUAACUUACAAAACAAUAACAUCAUUGCAAUGGAGUGAUGAUUAUUGCAAGAAAGCAAAUUACGUCAUGAAAACAGACGAUGACAUGUAUGUUAAUACAGAGUUACUUCCUUUAAUGCUCAAAGCGGCUCCUAGUAAACACUUUAUGGGUGGCAUGUGCUGGGGUCCAAGUUCUCCUCACAGAGAUAUGACCUCAAAGUGGUACGUUUCAUUUGUACAAUACCGACAUCCUUUGUUUCCUUCAAUGUGCAGCGGAACCGGAUAUGUUAUGUCACGUGACGUAGUUUCCGGUAUCCUUCAAGAAUCACCAAACGUGCCAUUCUUCUAUCUCGAGGACGUUUAUGUUGCAAUUUGUUUGAAAAGGUUCGGAGUAACUCCGCUAAAAUUAGAUGGAUUUAACAAUCAGUAUGUAAAAUUUGACCCUUGUAACUAUAGAAACCGUAUUAUCACGGCUCAUGAGCUAAGUGCGAAUAGUUUAGUCUAUAUAUGGAAUGAAAGGAGAACAUGUCCUAAAGCCGAUACUAGACCGGAAUUUGUAUAUAGACCAUUUCCGGUGUAAAAAGUCCAUCUUAAUAGAAAAAUAUUUAUCAUUUUGUAAGCUUGUAUUUUGAGAAAACAAUUUUUGGUUAUACAGUCGAACCUGUGACGACGUGGUCGUUAUAUACAAAAGGUCUUAAUUUGGGGGUUAGACAUUUCGAUUACAUCAAUGAUGGGUUAUCAAAAAUUGGCAAUUAUUUAUCUAGGUUUAUCUUUAUUCAGAUCUGGUCUUUAACACGGGCUUGACUGUAUAUACCAUAUUGUUACUUAUGUUUGGUCUCUUAAAAAUCACCCAGUAGCAUAAAAAAUUAAAAAUACGUGGUCCGGAAAUUAUUCAAAUACCUGUAAUCUUCCUUAAUAUCAUUACCUAAACAUCAAGAGCAAAGUUUACACCAUUUGAAUACAGUGUUUGUUUGAUUAUUUAUUAGAUUAUUAAAUCAGAUGAUAAAUUAAAUAUCUCAAACGGG